UGGUUCAGACUGACAGUGAAACUCAGGAGUAAUGUCUGCACUGCUUGUGUCCUCGCUGCUCGGGUCCACUGUUCACACUUUAAGAUGUUUGGGUGGGAUUAAACCCUUCCAGACCUGGAAACAACGCUUCACAAUUUUGCUGCAGCAACGUCGGUCUCUUCAUGUGGACAGCCCCCCUCACAAACCCACAAUCACAACCAGCUAUGUCCACGGCACCUCCUCUGUUUCUAUGCUGUCCCUGACAGUGGGACAGAGUCUGGACGCCACAGUCCGACGCUGRCCUGACRGUGAAGCUGUGGUCUUCCUGCAGGAUGGCAUUCGCAAAAGCUUUGCAGAGUUUCAGCAGGAUGUGGACAGGGCAGCUGCAGGACUGCUCGCUCUUGGCUUGAAGCGAGGCGAUCGACUCGGAGUUUGGAUGCCAAACACAUACGAAUGGAUCCUUUUUCAGUUUGCUUCAGCCAAGGCUGGAAUUAUACUGGUGUCACUGAACCCAGCUUAUCAAGUGGAUGAAGUGGUCUUUACUCUGCAGAAGGUUCAAUGUAAAGCAGUAUUGUGUACAACCAGUUUUAAAACACAAAACUUUUGUGAGAUGCUGAGAGAGAUCUGCCCAGGAAUCGACACGAUGCCGACAGGCAUGAUUAAAAGCUCCAGGGUGCCAGAUCUGCGUCUGAUAAUUGUGACGGACAGCAGGCAGCCAGGGAUGCUUCAUGUGGAGGAUGUGAUGCAAGCAGGGGAGGGUCCACACUUCAAACAGCUGAUGGAGCUGCAGAACAAGCUGUCCUUCGAUGACCCCAUCAACAUUCAGUUCACAUCAGGAACCACUGGGAAACCAAAGGGAACCACUCUUUCRCACCACAYCAUUGUGAACAAUGGUUACUUUGUUGGUCUGCGGAUGGGGUAUGGAUGGAGACCUCAGGUGCGACUGUGUGUUCCUGUACCUCUGCACCACAGCUAUGGCUCUGUGGUUGCAGGAAUGUGUAUGGCAGCUCAUGGGAUCACAUUAAUUUUUCCAUCUUCAGGCUACAACAGCCAAGCCAAUUUAGAAGCCAUUCAAACUGAAAGGUGUAAUUUUGUUUAUGGCACUCCUACCAUGUACACUGACUUGCUGAGCCACGAUUUACACAAAUAUGACUUGUCAUCCAUUGAGGCUGGUUUAAUGGGAGGUUCUCCAUGUCCUCCUGAGGUUGUGAGGAAACUACAAACAGAAAUGAACAUGAAAGAGAUAAUGGUGGGUUAUGGAGCCACAGAGACAGGCCCUAUUACAUUUCUGGGAUUCCCACAGGACAAUGAUGAGCUGAAGCUGAAUACAGUUGGGUGUAUCAUGGCUCACACUGAGGCCAAGGUGGUGGACCCUGCUACAGAGGAGAUGGUGCCUUUAGGGGCUUCAGGGGAGCUCAUGAUCAGAGGKAGCUCUGUGAUGCACGGAUACUGGGACGAUCCUGAGAAAACCAGAGAGGUGAUCUCUGAAAGUCGCUGGUACAGAACAGGUGACACAGCGAGUCUGAACAGUCUGGGAUACUGCCGCAUUGAGGGACGUAUAAAGGACAUGAUCAUCCGUGGAGGAGAAAACAUUUACCCUGCUGAGAUAGAGCAGUUUCUCCACAAGCAUCCAAAAGUCAAGGAGGCACAGGUGGUUGGAGUUAAAGAUGAGAGGCUUGGGGAGCAGGUGUGUGCCUGCCUCAGGCUCAGGCAGGGCCAAACCUCCAGUGCAGAGGAGAUAAGAAGCUUCUGCAAAGGCAAAAUGUUUAUUUCCUUUAGAUUUCCCACUUCAAGAUCCCCCACUAUGUGAUGUUUGUAGACAGCUUCCCACUGACGUCCUCAGGAAAGAUCAAGAAGAACAUAUUAAAGGAAGACAUGGAGAAGAAAUUAGGUCUUUGAGAUCAUACUGCUAGCUUUCUGGGAAUGCUGUUAAACACUGACUGGACCAGGAUCUGAAAUGAACUACUUUCAAAGAUUCAAGCCUUAUCUCGUUUUGUGCUGUUAAUUAAUUUUGCUGAGUUGACUUAAAUUUUUGUUAUUGCUGUGAUUUUUGUAUUUCACCCACUGUACCAGCUAAAUGUGUUGUUUUUAGUGUCAUAGAGUUGCUAAAUUCUUGGGAUUCCCAAAGUUUGAAACUUUCAA